CGGUCGGGGCAACAGGAAGGGGAGUUCUCUCACUGAUCGGAAGUGCUCGGAGGUGGGGGUGGCCACUCCGUGGACUGCCACGGCGCCAUGAACAUCUUGCCCAAGAAGAGCUGGCACGUCCGAAACAAGGACAAUGUUGCCCGCGUGCGGCGUGAUGAGGCCCAGGCUCGGGAAGAGGAGAAGGAGCGUGAGCGGAGGGUUCUGCUCGCUGAACAGGAGGCCCGCACGGAAUUCCUCCGCAACAAAGCCAGGCGGCAGAAGCCAGAGCUGCAGGCAGCCAGGGCUGGAACACCAGAUGCUGGGCCUGUUAACCUGUUUCGGGAGCUGCUAGAGGAAGGGAAAGGGGUGUCAAGAGGCAAUAAGGAGUACGAGGAAGAAAAGCGCCAGGAGAAGGAGAGGCAAGAGAAAGCUUUGGGCAUCCUGACCUACCUGGGCCAGAGUGCUGCCGAAGCCCAGACCCAGCCCCCGUGGUACCAGCUCCCCCCAGAGAGAGGGGGCCCCCCACCCGGCCCAAGUCCAGAUGAGAAGAUUAAGACCCGCCUGGACCCUCUGCGGGAGAUGCAAAAGCACCUGGGGAAGAAGAGGCGGCACAGCAGUGAUGGGCACGGGGGGCGCAGCAAAAAGGAAAAGGCAGAGCCUGAGAAGCCGCCAAGAAGACCCCCAUCCUUGGACCAGCUACGAGCUGAACGUAUUCGACGGGAAGCAGCAGAGAGGGCCCGGGCAGAGGCCCUGCUGGCCCAGGUCCGAGGGGAGGCAGCCCCAGGGCCACCAGAAGAAGAAACGGAUGAGCGGCGAAGGCGCUACAACUCCCAGUUCAACCCUCAGCUGGCCCGGCGCCCUCGCUGGCAGGAGCCCCCACCUGGUCACUGAUGGACGGGGUGGGGGCGGGGGUGUUGCAGGAGAGGCUGUGGCUGCCUGCCGUCAUAUAAAACUAUUUAUUCAUAAAUAUUUUCCAAAAUGAAAAUA